AUGCAUUUUAUUAUAAUUUUGCUACUUUUUGUUAUUGGAGUUUUGAUGAAUUUAGUAAAUUCAGAGAGAUAUAUUGUUGGAGAAGGCUAUGGUUGGCGUCCUGCUCCUUACCCUACUUACUAUGAAGAUUGGGCUACAACUGUCAAGUUAAAACUUGGAGAUCAAUUAGAGUUUAGAUUCCAAAAGCCAGAGGAUUUGCUAGAGAUUGGAAAAUACAACUAUUAUGCAUGCAAUUCCAACAUUCCUUCAAGGCAGUACAAAGAUAGUCCAGCAAUAGCAUUCAUGUUGGUACCUGGAGAUUAUUAUUUCAAAUCCAGCAACAAUACUAAUUGCAUCAAUGGCCAGAAGCUUUAUGUUAAUGUAGCAGCUCCAAUUGAAGAUGAUUCUGAUGAUAAGAUUUGA